ACAGACGGCAGAAACGCGACCAGAACACGAAAGAGCAUCGCUGAUGCCAGUGUGCCUGCAGAGCGUGUUCAUAUGGUAGUUGGUGAUCUCACCAAUGAAGAGGCGCGAAAAAAGAUCGUAGAGAGUACGGUAGCGCGAUGGGGACAUUUGGACAUAUUGGUGAAUAAUGCCGGUGCUUCGAUUACCCACGGAAAACGAGGGUUUGAUGCCAAUGACGAUGCCUUCUUGAAGACGAUGGAUAUCAAUCUGAGGAGUAUUAUGCAACUGGUUCAUCUGGCUCGUCCACACUUGAUUCAGAGCAAGGGAGAGAUUGUGAACGUCAGCAGCAUAGCAAUCAAACACGAUCCCUACUACGCGAUAUCAAAGGCCGGCCUCGAUCAGUUCACUAGAGCACUCGCUGUCGACCUUAUCGAACACGGUGUGAGAGUGAAUGGUGUAAGACCUGGGAUAGUGGAAACAAGUUUCAUGGAAAACAACGGCUUAACCAAAGAGCAGUCUGAGAAGGUAUACAAGUUCUACGGAAGUCAAAAACAUGCAGUGCCUCGUGGAAGCAAUGCCGAUCCGCUAGAGAUCGCGAAUGUGAUCGCUUUUCUGGCAGACCGUAAGAUGUCGUCGUACAUCGUCGGACAGAUGAUCGUUGCCGAUGGAGGCACGUCGCUGAUUAUGGGCGCUUAUACUUACGACUUUGAGGCUGUAUUGUCCUCUUGA